AUGGCAAACACAGAGGCCGAAGCGGUGGAUUUUGAGCCAGAGGACGAUGAUUUGAUGGACGAAGACGGUGCCGUCGACGUUGACGCAUCCUCCUCGCCGCGAGCUCCACUCCCUAAGUUGAAGUCAGCUAUUACCGGAGGCAGCGCGCCUUCUCUGUCCGCUCCUAAAAAGACCAAAGGCCGUGGCUUUAGAGAAGAGGUUGAUGCGGAGAGACAGAGCCGCCUCUCCGGUCGUGGAUUUGAUUCCCUCGGUUCUGAUGGUGGUCCUGGCCCCCAGCGAUCUGUUGAAGGAUGGAUAAUUUUGGUGAGUGGAGUACAUGAGGAAGCACAAGAAGAUCAUUUGCAAGAUGCUUUUGGUGAAUUUGGGGAAAUAAAGAAUUUGCAUUUGAACCUUGAUCGCCGCACUGGUUUUGUUAAGGGCUAUGCACUGAUAGAGUAUGAGAAGUUUGAGCAAGCAGAGAAUGCAAUAGCUUCAAUGAAUGGGGGAACAUUGCUUGAACAGGCUAUCUAUGUUGAUUGGGCCUUCAGCAAUGGCCCCAGCAAUGGGGGCUUCAAAAGAAAGAACAUGAGACCUGGACGAACACAUCGCUCAAGGAGUCCUAGGAGGAGAUAUUAA